UCUGCCACCGGAGCCGGCGCGGGCGCGAGGAGCGGCGACAGGGACCGGGCCGGGCCGGGGUGGGGGGCGCGGCAGGCUCCCCGGCAGGCCCGACGCGGCGCGGGCCCGGCGGGCGGCCCGGAGGCGGCGGCGCCAUGGACGAGGCGGCCUUCGGCGAGGCGGCCCUGGAGCAGGCGCUGGCCGAGCCGUGCGAGCUGGACGCGGCGCUGCUGACGGACAUCGAAGACAUGCUCCAGCUCAUCAACCACCAGGACAGUGACUUCCCCGGCCUGUUCGACCCGCCCUAUGCCGGGGCCGGGGGCACCGACCCCGCCAGCCCCAAUGCCAGCUCCCCAGGCAGCCUGUCCCCGCCCCCCGCCACACUGGGCUCCCCCCUCGAAAGCUUCCUGGGGAGGCCCAAGGCGGACCCCCAGCCCCUGACCCCUCCCCAUCCUGCACCCACCCCACUUAACCUGUACCCGGUGGGGCCCGCCUUCUCCCCGGGGCCUGCCAUCAAGGAGGAGCCCGUGGCGCCGACCGUCCUGCCGCCACCCGCCCCGCAGUCCCUGCCGGGGCCCCUCCUGGCCCCCAGCUUCCCGGCCCUGGCCCCGCCACAGUUCAGUUCUGCUCCUGUUCUGGGCUACUCCAGCUCUACCGGAAGCUUCUCUGCAGCUAGUCCUCCAGGGAGCACCCAGCAGCCACUGUCCAGCCUGCCACUGGCUUCGCCACCAGGGGCCCCUCCUGUCUCCUUGGCCCCCCAGCAGCUGCUGACAGCCACUGCCACCCCCACAGUGGCCCCUGGAACCACCACGGUGACCUCCCAGAUCCAGCAGGUUCCGGUCCUGCUGCAGCCCCACUUCAUCAAGGCCGACUCACUGCUCCUGACGGCCAUGAAGACUGACGUGGGGGCCACCGUGAAGUCGGCGGGUCUCAGCUCCCUGGCCCCAGGCGCCACUGUGCAGCCGGCACCCUUGCAGACCCUGGUGAGUGGUGGGGCCAUCCUGACCACCAUGCCACUGGUGCUGGACGCCGACAAGCUGCCCAUCAACCGACUGGUGGCCAGCGGCAAGGCCCCCGGCUCGGCCCAGAGCCGCGGCGAGAAGCGCACGGCCCACAACGCCAUCGAGAAACGCUACCGCUCUUCCAUCAACGACAAGAUCGUCGAGCUCAAGGACCUGGUGGUGGGCACCGAGGCUAAGCUGAACAAAUCUGCUGUCUUGCGCAAGGCCAUCGACUACAUCCGCUUCCUGCAGCACAGCAACCAGAAGCUCAAGCAGGAGAACCUGACUCUGCGCAGCGCCGCGGGCAAGAGCAAAUCCCUGAAGGACCUGGUGUCAGCCUGCGGGGGCAGGGACAACCCGCAAGUGCCCAUGGAGGGCGUGAAGUCCGAGGUGCUGGACGCGCUGACCCCGCCGCCCUCGGACGCCGGCUCGCCCUCCCGCGGCAGCCCCCUGUCCCUGGGCAGCAGGGGUGGUGGCAGCGGCAGCAGUGGCAGCGACUCGGAGCCCGACAGCCCAGCGUUGGAGGACGGCCAGGUGAAGCCUGAGCAGCUGCCGUCAACCCGCAGCGGGGGCAUGCCAGACCGCUCCCGCCUGGCCCUGUGUGCCCUCGUCAUCCUCUGUCUGUCCUGCAACCCCCUGGCCUUGCUGCUGGGUGGGCGGGGCCUCCCUGGCCCCUCGGACGCCACCAGUGUCCACCAUGGUCCUGGGCGCAGUGUGCUGGGCACCGAGGGCAGAGACGGUGCCGGCUGGGCCCCGUGGCUGCUGCCCCUCGUGGUCUGGCUGAUGAACGGGCUGCUGGUGCUGGGCUCCUUGGUGCUGCUUUUUGUCUACGGGGAGCCUGUCACGCGUCCCCACUCGGGCCCCGCCAUGCACUUCUGGAGGCACCGCAAGCAGGCCGAGCUGGACCUGGCCCAGGGGGACUUGGCUUGGGCCAACCAGCAGCUGGGGCUGGCAUUGCGGGCCCUGGGCCGGCCCUUGCCCACCUCCCACCUGGACCUGGCCUGCAGCCUCCUCUGGAACCUUCUCCGCCUCCUGCUGCAGCGCCUGUGGGUGGGCCGCUGGCUGGCGAGCCGCGCAGGGGGCCUGCGGAGGGACUGCGCGCUGCAGGCUGACGUGUGUGCCAGCGCCCGUGACGCUGCGCUCGUCCUCCACCAGCUGCACCAGCUGCACCCCACAGGGAAGUGCGCGGGUGGGCACCUCGCCGCCGUCAACCUGGCGCUGGGCGCCCUCAACCUGGCCGAGGGCGCGGGGGCCGCCAUGCCCAGGGCCACACUGGCCGAGAUCUACGUGGCAGCUGCGCUCAGGGUCAAGUCCAGCCUCCCGCGGGUCUUGCAUUUUCUGGCGCGCUUCUUCCUGCGGGAAGCCCGCCGGGCCUGCCUGGCCCAGGGCUGCUCGGCGCCCUUCACGGUGCAGUGGCUCUGCCACCCCGCGGGCCACCGCUUCUUCGUGGACGGGGACUGGGCGGUGAGCAGUGCCCCGCGGGAGAGCCCGUACAGCUCGGCCGGGAACCCAGUGGACCCAUUGGCCCAGGUGACGCGGCUCUUCCGCGAGCAUCUCCUGGAGCGAGCGCUCGACUGCGUCGUCCAGCCCAGCCCCGGCCCCGGCUUGGCGGAUGGGGACCGGGAGUUCUCGGACGCCCUGGGGUACCUGCAGCUGCUCACCAGCUGUUCCGAUGGCGCCGGGACCCCAGCCUGCAGCUUCGCUGUCAGCUCCAGCACAGCCACUGCCACCGGCUCGGACCCACUGGCCAAGUGGUGGGCAACGCUGCUGGCCGUGGUGGUCCACUGGCUGCGGCGGGAUGAGGAGGCGGCCGAGCGGCUGUCCCCGCUGGUGGAGCACCUGCCCCGCGCCCUGCAGGACUCCGAGAGACCCCUGCCCAGGGCGGCACUGCACUCCUUCAGGGCUGCCAGGGCACUGCUGGGCCGCGCUCAGGCGGAGUCGGGGGCGGCCGGCCUGGCCCUGUGUGACAAGGCCAGUGGCUACCUGCGGGACAGCCUGGCCGCCACGUCCACUGGCAGCUCCAUCGACAGGGCCGUGCAGCUGCUCCUGUGCGACCUGCUCCUGGUGGCGCGCACCAGCCUGUGGCAGCAGCAGCAGCCGCCGGCGCAGGCUGCCCCGGGCGCGGGCAGUGGGCCGCAGGCCUCGGCCCCAGAGCUGCGCGGCUUCCAGCAGGACCUGAGCGGCCUGCGGCGCCUGGCGCAGAGCUGCCGGCCCGCCAUGCGCAGGGUCUUCCUGCACGAGGCCACGGCCCGGCUGAUGGCGGGGGCCAGCCCCGCGCGCACGCACCAGCUCCUGGACCGCAGUCUCCGGCGGCGGGCGGGCCCCGGCGGCAGGGCAGGCGCGGCGGCCGAGGUGGAGCCGCGGCCCACGCGGCGGGAGCGCGCCGAGGCCCUGCUGCUGGCCUCCUGCUACCUGCCGCCGGGCUUCCUGUCGGCGCCGGGGCAGCGCGCGGGCAUGCUGGCCGAGGCGGCGCGCACGCUCGAGAAGCUCGGCGACCGCCGGCUGCUGCGCGACUGCCAGCAGAUGCUGCUGCGCCUGGGCGGCGGCACCACCGUCACCUCCAGCUAGAGCCCCGUCCCCGCUUCACCCGUGGGCCGCGCUGCUGCGGGGGGCGGGGGGCUGGGAGCCCCGGGGUCUCCGUCUUCGGCCCGGGGAGGCCCGAGGGCCGCUCCCGAGCGCGUUGAGCGGCGGCCGGGCAGGUGC